CGUAUCCAACGUCUCAGAGUGGAGCAUUAUGGAGAAAUCUACGGCUAACAAAGCGGCCAGUACAGGAAGACCCAGUUCAUCACCAGAUGAUUACCCGGACAAGUUGAGGCAGUUUUUCUGUGUAAGAACAAACCUGCAAAAAUGUUCCCCGGCAUCUGAAACUUGGAAAGUACUGACCGAUCAGCUUGACAGGUUGGAUCAACAGCUAAAGAACCUUGAGGGCGGCCAACCCCGAUGGUCUCCUGACAGUAGCAUGUAUAUUGCAUACCUCCGCGAUUUGCAAGACAAGCGUCGAGAAGACUUGCUAUUAUCCAUGCAUGUCAAGUGCUCAGAAAGGUGGUUUCUCUUACAACUGAUGAAGAAAUAUGCAGAUGGACAAGCCAUUGCAAAACGGCUUUGUACGCAAAUUACAAAGGCAACGGGAGCCAUUAAACAGCUGGUCAAGGAGUACACAAGACAAAACGUUGACACGGUGGGUUGUAAAUACCCCUCCACAAUUGCGGUUGAAGACGCGCUAAGCAUCGACAGUCCACUGUGGCGUGUACUAAACGAUGACAUCCAACCGCAGUCUGCUGUUCCCUAUUGUUUAAAGAGGCAACUCAUUGAUUUGUUUCACACACGCAAAAGAUGCUUAGAGGAAAUAGCCAACACCAGAAGAAGAAAUGGCUCGGAUGUUCAGUCAUUUCGAGGGAAAGUUGAAGGUAUUGGACACUUGGUCAAAGGAACUGAUGGCACAGAAAGAUACGGAGCGAGCUCGCGCAUUACUCUCCAUUGCCCGCACUAAAAUGGAUGAGCUUUCCGUAUUCACAGGUCAUCUCCACGGUCUCUUUUCUAAUGAUGAUGGUAGCCAUGAGGAAUGUGAAGCUCAGUUUGACCUUGGAAUUUUCCCCGAAGUGGAUUGUGAUGAUGCCGAUGAGGAGGUUCAGAUGGAGGACGAUUACAACACUGAUGAAGCUGACGUGGUUCAACAGCUUGGCCAAAGUGAAGUCUUUGAGGACCUGCGUUCCGUUCUCAAUGCUGAAUACGGAAGUGACAGUGAAUCUGAUUCAGAUAGUUCAGAUUUAAACACAGAAAUAUCUUGAUUGUAACUUGUGAGUCGUUUCAACUGCCUGUUCCUUUUCCUCUUUCACUCAAGAAUGUAAAUCUACGAACAAGUGUUACCAAUCAGCUAAAAAAAAUUAAGCUCAGUGUCAACUAGUCAGUCACUUUACACGACAAAUAACAGCUCUCCUCCACGAAUUAAUUCAAUCUUGUUUUAUCGACUUUGGCUCCUUGACGCAUCCUUACCUGGUCAUUUUGUUGUGACGUUUGAAGCCUGAUUAAAUUGAAAAAGUUUCAGCA